AUGGGAUCGUCCUCUGGCGCUCAGGGAAAGACUAAGGGGUCGUCCAUCCAGGCGUACAGGAGUAUCAAGAUUAAGGGUGUCGUGUACAAUGUCUGGCUGCGCUUUAAAACGGGGGAUUUCUCUGUCCAUCUUGAGAAUGAUGAAACUGGAGAACACUGGUUCAACGCGUUCACGCCUGAAUAUAUAGAUGAAAUGACACGCAAAACGGGAAACCAACGGCGCUAUGACGUAUUCACAAGUAUGCUGACCUCGGCUUUGGAGAAGACAAGCUCUCGUCGGCCGAACAGUCAAACUCCUUUGGACUUAAGUCUCGAUUUGCUCUUUGUGGAGGAUCUCGAGCGCAUGAGGGAUGCGAAUGGUGGGGCACACAGCGACUCUGUUGAUGCAACGAUCCAAUCGGCUGCCAACAAGUCGCGUUGCUUCCUCAUCGUGGCAUACGCAGUAGAGUUUGAGCGCACCUUCUACCCUCUUCCGCUCAACAAGUCCGGACCACCGAGCACAAACCUCGAGGAAUGGCUCUUAUUUGCAUAUCGGCAUACGAAGGAGCAAGCAAGACGGAUGAUGGAGGAAAGCAGUCUGAACGAAGGGAUAGUCAGCAUGAGUGGGACAGAUACCCAGAAGCUUCGGACAGAGCUUAAAAAGCAGAAGGAGAUAAUAUUUUCUCUGGAAAAGGAGCGGAACAAGGCUUUGGAAGUUUCAAAGAAACUACUAACGGAAAACAACAUACUAAAGGAGCAGCUAACUCACAUCAAGGAUUCUAUCGUGUCCAGAACCGCCAGCAAUGGAAGAUCGCUAAGCCGUGACCUAUCAGGUAGAACGUUGAAAUCUGAAUCUGCCAACACGAGGUCAACUAGACCCUAUGCGGAACAGUCACACAAGAGUAGGAGCCAACGAUACUACAGAGAGGGAGAGACAAGUAGACCUCCCUCGCAAACUCAUUCUCGUGCAUCGAGUCGGUCUGCGAGCAAUACUGCCAAAAGAUCAACAUCUCGUCACGUCUCAGAACAGCCUUCCCCUGCUGUGGCAUCUGGGUACCUCAACCUCUCCCAUGCACGGUCACGCAGUGCAUCGAUUGGCAACUCGCAAACAUUACGUGGAUCCUAUACCAGCUCGAUGAGCGCUUCGCUAAACCCAUUCAAGCGUACCACAUCCACAAUCUAUUCUAAUAGUGCGUCAGAGUUUGAUGAAGGCCUCUCACAGCAGCUUGUUGAGAAGGCUAGAAGGUCUAGCAGCCGGAGCUCUGAAGGCCGCCGAAGAAAGCGGUCGUCUUCGUCACACAGGAACAGAGAUUCUGUGGUUCUAGACGAUUACAAUGAUAGAGGAAGCGGGCAUCACGGAUCUAGCUCCAGCAGGACUCGAACACAGAGAAGCGCUCAAUAUGAGGAGCCUCAAGACGAUAGACACAGAUCCGGAAGUGGUAGGAGGAAACACAGGAAAGAGCACUCUGGUGCAUCUAGAUCUGAAAAAUAUUAUUAG